CUUCUCGCCGCACCGGCCGAUCUCCCCAUAUCCCCCCUCCCCUCUCCGUCGAUCCCACAACCGCGCCGACCCCGAUGGCCUCCGCCGCCUCCUCCGCCGCCGGCGCCGGCAAGUCGAUGUUCCAGGGCCUCCGCAGGUUCCUUAAGAAGCCGUGGGAGAUCACGGGCCCCUGCGCCUCGCCCGAGUACCGCAGCGCGCUGCCUGGCGCGCUCGAGUACCGCGUCAAGUGCCCGGCCACCGUGCGCGACGACCGCGACAUGGCCAUCGUGCCCACCUCCGACCCGGAGACUGUAUACGACAUCAAGUACUUCAUCCGCGACUGCCGCCGGAACCGCCCGCCCGUGCGGCGCACCCUGCUCCGCAAGCCCGACCUCGAGCGCUACAUGGCCGCCAAGCAGUUCGACCCCACCAAGGACUUCCCCGUGCCAUACGUCAACACCACCGUCGAGGAGGACGACAACACCAUUGGCGGAGGCUACCAGAAGUGAGCUAGGAGGCAUCUAUGUUGUUGUGCUCGAACUCCCAUCUUGAUGUUGAAGCCCAUUUUCAUUUCUACUUAAAUAUCCCUUUCUCUCUUGUUCCCAGUGAAAAGUUUCUGAUUGUAAAAGAUGAUGGCUGCAAUAAUUUGGCACUUGUGGAGCUCACCGGAUGCACCUUUCUUGCAAGUUGUAUUCAAAAACUCUGUCGACCCGAUACGGAUCUUAUGGCUUGAUGCAAAAUUUAAGGUUUUUGUUCAAA